AUGGCACCAAAGAGGGGAAGAGGCAAAGCAAUGGAGGAAUUGAUUCCCCCAUCUCCAAUGAGAGCUAAAAUGGGUAGGUCACAAGCACGACCAUCUCAGCAGUGUGGACAAAGUUCGAGUCAGCCUCGGUUAUCUAGGCCAUCUCAGCAUAUCACAUUGAAUCAAACUCAACAACAGCCACCAAUUACAAGGCGCACACAGUCUCAAUUAGAGACACAACUACAACAAAAUCCAUCUGCCUCUAGUUGUGGGGAUGAGCCUUUGGCAACUCCAUUAAACAAAACAGGUGAAAAUCAAUCUGAAGGUAUUAGGAAGGGUCGAGGAGCUGCUCUUUCUAUCUCAGAAUGGGGAACUGGAACAAAAGUUCAUAUUGAUUUUGAUUCUAAAUGGAAGCCAAUCAAAGAAAAUGCAACCAGGUUUAGUGGACAACUUGGAAUUAUAGCAAGAAAUGGUCAAAGGGUUCCUCUAACAUAUGUUUCAUGGACUGAAAUGCCUGAUCAUGUAUUAGAUGAUAUUUGGAAAGAAGUCACGGAUAACACAGAUGUCCCUGAUGCAUAUAAAUUUCAUUGCUUAAAGGUUAUUGGCAAUAGAUGGAGGGAUUGGAAGUGUCGGGUUAAGCAAAGAUGGUAUGACGCAUACUUGACCGAUGAACAACGAUUAUCCUUCACUCCUCCUCAAGUCACUACAGAUCAAUGGAAGACACUAGUAAAGUAUUGGGGCCUCCCUAAUAUAAAGGAAUAUUCUGAGGCAAAUAAGGCUAAUCGUGCACAUGGAGGUGCUCCUCAUCGGACUGGUCGUACUUCAUUUGCUCAAUUGAAACAUGAGAUGAGAGAGAAGGGAGAGAAAACGGAUCGGUUGAGCAUGUUUAUAAAAACAAGAACAAAGAAAACAAAGAAUGAUGACAGAGACCUUUUCGAUGAGGAAAGUGGCCACAUUAUUGUAUAA